AUGUCCGCCGACGAGGCCUCGCGCGAGCUGUCGCGACUAUGGCGCGUCAUGCGCACCGUCAAGCAGAUGUGCGUUGACAGAGGCUACGAGUUGACCGAAGAAGAGUGCAACAUCAGCCUCGAAGACUUCCGCCUGCAAUACGCCGACUCCAACGGCGCCCCCGAACGGAAGAAGAUGUCCUUCACCGCCCGCCCCUCCGCCACCAUGCUGCAAAAGUACACCCCUCUCCCACGACCCAACAAGCCCGAGCAGGAACCUGAGAUCGGCACCAUCCACGUCGAGUUUUCUACCGAGCCUAAUAUCGGUGUCAAGCAUCUCAAGCAGUUUGCGCAUCUGCUCAGCGACAGCAACUUCUACACUGGUAUCUACAUCUGCCAGCAGGCGCCUACCUCUGCCGCGAACAAGGUCAUUCCUACCCUUCUGCCGACUGUGCUGGAGUUGUUCAAAGAGGAGGAUCUGCUGGUCAAUAUCAGCCGGCAUGAGCUGGUGCCCAAGCAUAUCUUACUCAGCCAGGAAGAGAAGCGUGGUCUGCUGGAGAGGUAUCGGUUGAAGGAGACACAGCUGCCACGAAUCCGAGUCGAUGAUCCCAUGGCGAAAUACCUGGGACUGCGGAGGAGUCAAGUCGUCAAGAUUAUCAGGAAGUCAGAGACGGCUGGGCGAUAUGCCAGUUACAGAUGGGCGAUAUGA